CUCUGGCGCACUGUUGUUGCCCAUGAGCGGCCGCGUCCGUCUCUCUGCCCGUCUCGCGCGCCCUCAUAAACGAUGCCAAAGAUGGAAAAGGGAAGACCGCCGGAAAGCAAGCGCAGCAGGAAGCCUGCUCACCCCGUCAAGCGAGAGGUCAGCCAGGAGAUGAAGAGCUUCGCAGAGAGCACAAUGAAUGAAUUGCUGGGCUGGUACGGAUAUGAUAAAGUUGAUCUGCAGGAAUCAGAGCCCGCUGACAUCAGGAGUCACAACGGCAGAGCAAGACGCCAUCAAGUGUCUGUGCUUAAAGAAAAUUCAGAUCCAAAGCCUACUGUAAUCGAGAGUAAGCUGACGUCAGGCUCAUCUGCGUCGGCUAAAAACGGAGUGAAAGAACCUGCCGGAUUUCCACUCUCUCCUUCAUCGUCCUCAUUCUCCCCCCACAUGAAGGACCUACACAGCACCCACGUCGUGGUCCCGCUCAUCAAACCAUCUGCAGUGGAGGAGCAGCAGAAUGUUCAGAUUGUGUGUGUGUGGUGUCAGAAGGAGGGGCUUAAACGCUACUCUCUGGUCAUGGGCUCUGAACUCAAGAGCUUCUGUAGCGAGAAGUGCUUCGCCAUGUGCCGCCGAGCCUACUUUAAACGCAACAAGGCUCAAAAUGAAAACCGGCAUGGUGACGAGUCUUCUCCUCCCCCUGGUCAACCGGAGGAAACUUCUCCGCAGCUCAUGCUUAAGAUGAACAGCAACACACGAGUGUGCGAUUGGUGCAAACACGUGCGUCACACCAAGUACCUGGACUUAGGUGCAGGUGACGACAGGCUGCAGUUCUGCAGUACCAAGUGCCUUAACCAGUAUAAAAUGGACAUUUUCUACCGAGAGGCUCGAGCUGCUCUUACAACGUCUGGCUCUAGUCCAAGCCAACCAGAAAACGAGAACCGUCCGACCGGAGAGACUGACACUCUGCUGACGCCGGAAUCAUGGAACAACCCUUCUAUGGAGGGAGACAGCAAAGAAACAGUGUCACCUAAAGUUUCCACGCCUGUGUCAUCGUCGUCUUCGUCAUCGUCCUCAGUUAGAGCAUCUGUCUUAGCUCAGCAGAAAGAAAGAGAAAGCUCUGUUUCUUCUCACAUCCAGACUGGCCCUCCGAUGCCAUCUACACCUUCCCCACGUGUUGUUAUAGAGCAGCCGUGGGUCAUACAAAAGCCUCCAUCCUUUAACCGGGUACCUAUUCAUGCACAGCCUCGAAACCCAGGCUCUAGUCCACACCAGAGGCCCUUACACACAUCUCCACAGAUACACACGCCCACAAUUCGCCCAAUUCCCGCACCACAGCUCUUGCACCCAUAUCCAGGGUCUAUGAUACCCUGUGCAUCUACCUACCCUCACCCCAUUCCACCACUCUUGCCAACUUUGGGUCUGCCAUAUCCACAAGCUACUGUCCUGGUGCCAUAUCCGAUUAUAGUUCCUCUCCCUGUUCCUGUGCCAAUUCCGAUACCAAUACCGGUGAGCUCAGGGGCUUUCGGACAUGCCGGGGUUAUUCGUAAAAACAAGGAGAAAGAGACAACAGGAAGGGAUACAGCUUCGGUCACCUCUGAAAAUUUACCUAGGGAGCAGAUGUCUGGAGAUCAGGAGAUUACUGAUGCCAUUUCAGUGGAGCACAAAGUAAAGACAGAGCAGGCUUUAUCUCCUGACCCGUAUUCUCCUGCUUUCUCAUCACACACUUUCCCAAUCUUAUCUUGUCACCCCCAGGUCAGUCCUACCUCCUCAUUGCCAGAAGAUCAGAGACAAGAAGUUAGAGAACGACAGGUGAUACAGAGGGCAAUAUGCAGAGUAAAGCAGGAGGGUGAAACAGAGUUCGACCACAAUAGGGUCGAACAAGAGAAUGGAUGGGAUGAGAAUGGGGACGAAGAAGAUCCGCUUGGCCAGCAAACCUCCACUAAAUCUUACACAGGCACUUUAAAACACACAUCCAAUUCAGCCCCUGAAAACGCAUCUUCCCCAGCGGAUUCGCUGAACCCACGGGCUUCAAUCAUACUCCACAACGCACUCAACACAACAUCCGUAGUCACCCCCACAGCAGCUAUCCUAUUGAACAACUGCAACUCUGUGCAACACUCCGUGCACCCCUCGACAGUUCACUCUGACCCAAAACAAAGAACAAGCCCACAUCCUGAAUCUGAGGAUGUCAAAGAGAACCUCUCAGGGGGGCGGGAACCAGGCGUAAACUGUUCCCGUCCAGCAGAGCAAACAGACUGCCAAACGGACCAUUCGGACGAGGGCAGGGGGGGAGCUGUAGAGAGUGAUGCUCUCGCAGCUGACGAACACGCAUAUGCACGAUCCAUCCCGCCAAAAUUACGAGAAAAGAGUGCACACACGGUCACUCUGACAACUGCACACACACUUUCUCACGUGGUUACACAUAGCUGGGACAAGAGUUCACAUGGGCAUACGCCUCUUUCCGAGCAAAGCGGCGUGCAUGCCGAAAUAGAGCCUGCUUUGAAGAGGAGAUGCCUGAGGAUCAGAGACCAGAACAAAUGAAGAACAGAUCAUUUGUGAAUGGAGUUAACUUCCUUAUUGCGUAUCUGAAGUCAGAUACAGAGCGCAGGCCCUUCCCUCGGUGCUGGAACUGAUGAGGGAUAACGGAGACUUGAAUGAAAACCUUAUUGACUCGUAAUUUACAGCUGCAUCCAGAUGUUUGUCCACCACAGCUAUGGGAUAUCUUCAUAACUCCGGCCUAGGGAAUGAAUCCUCAGCACGGGCUUGCUGACAGUCAUUUCCCCUCCAGCAGUGGUUUAGACAGAAGCGAGAAUCAGUGCCGUGUGUGUGUGUAUAUAUAUGUGUGUGUGUGCGCGCGUGUGUGUGUGUGUGCGUGUGUGUGAUCCAUAUAGACACUUCAGAUGUACGUUUAUGUUUUUGGCUUUCGGUCUACACAUGCAGGCGCUGUUCCUAUUUGCCAAUCUGUAACAUUGUUUAUGUUCACACACACACACACACACACACACACACACACACACACACACACACACACACACAAGCAUUUAUUCACAGUACAGCGUAUGGUGUGCAUACAUAAUGGAACACUGAUUAUGUGUUUGUACGAUUACAUAGAUUUAAUUUAAGAUUAUUUAUACCUGAGUUAGAUCAAUCGUGAAGCAAUCACAGCCCCUUUGCCUGGGCUGGAUAUCUUCCCUGUCAGACAUGUUAAAGCUGAAAUUCUAUACUUUAAUCCAUGUUUCAUUGCAUAUCCAGUGUGCUACAUUACACAGCCAAAAACAAAAAAAACAACAACAACAAAAAAAAAAACUGUCAAGCAUUUACAGACUGCACUCUAUUAAUGGACACGUGCCACUUUUAUUAUUCUGCCAUAUUCAUUUUGAGUAUAGAAUUUGUUUUAUUUGAAUAAAAUGUUGACUUGUACAUUAUA